AUGCGCUCCUUUCUGUUCUUCACAGCUCUCCCUUUUUCCUGGGUCGCUGCAUUCUCGUUUAACGCGUAUGAUCUGGGCUUUCAUGGCACAUAUCCCCGCCAGCAUUUCCACUCGGUCGAUUUCGAGCCGCCGGCGCUCAAGAUAACACAAUGGGAUUCCCGGUGCGACUCUGGGAAUCUCUUCCUCACUCCAAGGGGACCCUUAGUGACCGGAGCGGCACGAGGCCCAAUUAUCUUAGAUGCGACAGGCAACUUGAUCUGGAUGGAAAACAAUAAAUUUGAGCAAGCCAUGAACCUCAAUGUACAGCAGUACAAGGGCGAGGACUACUUAACCUUUUGGACGAAGAUCAAGAAGACCAGCCACUCAAAGCAUUCCAAAAAGUCUUAUGUGCUGCUUAACUCUUCUUACGAAGUCGCCCAUCGCAUACAUGCGCGUGGCGCCGGUCUCAAGGGCGACUCGCAUGAGUUUCGCAUCACUCCACAAGGCACUGCGCUCAUAACGAUAUAUCACAAACACCAAGCAGAUUGCACGGAGUUAAGGCUGGGCAAGAGUUGCUGGAUUCAGGAUGGCCUGUUCCAAGAGAUCGAUAUCGAGACGGGGGCUCUGUUGUUCGAAUGGCGCGCCACAGAUCACAUCCGGAUGAAGGAUGUGUUCAGCAGGCCUUCACGCAAGGAUGGACACGGCAAGUCCAAAAAGGACGCUUUUGACUUUUUCCACAUCAACAGUGUCGACAAGACUGACUCCGGAGACUACAUCAUCUCGGCCCGUUACAUGCACGCCAUUGUGUGUAUCAGUUCGAAGACAGGCGACAUCCUGUGGCAGCUCGGCGGCAAGAACAAUGAUUUUGAAGAUCUGAACGGGGCAACCAACUUCGCCUGGCAACACCAUGUGACAUGGCAGGGUAACAACACGAUAUCCAUCUUCGACAACCACGCCAACAAUGUCUUCCACAGCCCAUCCAAAUAUAGCAAGGGCAUGAUCAUCCAACUUCACAUGGAGAAGAUGACUGCCACUCUCAUACGGGCAUUCGCCCACCCGAACAAGAUCCUCAACGUGUCCCAAGGCUCAGUACAGUUGGUCCCGGAGAGCGGUAACGUGCUCGUUGGAUUCGGCAACUCGCCCACCUUUGUCGAGUACUCGGCGGAUGGCAAAGUGCUUUGCAACGCACACUUUGCGCCCCAAAUCUUGUAUGAGAUCAUUGACUUCGGGUUUGUAAAAUCGUACCGCGUUUUCAGGCAUCCAUGGGUGGGGAGGCCGAAGACGCCGCCAGAUGUGAAGGUGAAGCGUGGCAAAGUAUAUGUUAGUUGGAAUGGCGCCACUGAGGUUACGGGGUGGAGGUUGGAGACGGCGAAGACGCUGGAGGCCCAGGACCACGAGUUCGCGACGAUCCAGGAAUUGAGGCGUGACGGGUUCGAGACGAGCUUUGCGCUUCCCAAGAACCAUGGAUAUGUGAGGAUCGCGGCGCUGGACGCCGCAAAUGGGGUCAUGGCGUACUCGGCGGUGGUCAAGACGCCUUCGCCUUCUCUCGCACUCUGGUCGAUCUUCUUCCUUAUCUUCGGCUGCGUGGUCCUAGGGUGUGGCCUGGGGGGUUUGAUUUUCUUAUAUGGCAAAUUCCCCGAACUUCCCCGUCCUCCCAAGCUGUCCGGCUUCAGAGCUCGCCUGGGCGCCGCCGUGGCAGGCAGUCGGGAGCACAACGAGGAAUCUGCGGAAUCUGAGCCUUUGUUAUUGGAUGAGCGGGAGCCUUAA